AGUCUUAUCGCUCCGACGCCUUCCACAGCCGUUGGAUCACAUGCUACUGCUCGACUGCAAACGGAGUAACUUUAUACCAGCUGAAGAGCCAAACCGAGAACAUUUGGAGUGAAAUACAAACUGCCUUGUAGCUCCUACACGUCCCGAUGGACACUGUUCAGAAAAUGACGUCUGGAUUUUCUCUAGACCUGGGACCUUUGAAAGAACCUCUUGGAUUUAUUCGUGUCCUAGAAUGGGUCUUCACCAUCUUUGCCUUUGCCACCACGGGAGGUUAUUCUGGGACAACCCACUUCACAGUCAAAUGUGCAGGAGGCAAGGACACAGAAGUACAGCCGGUGUUUGGCUACCCAUUCAGGUUGGGAGCUCAUCCAUAUACUAUGCCGUUAUGUAAUGGCAGUAAACCCAAUGACACGUUCCUGCAGGGCGACUUCUCCUCCUCAGCUGAGUUCUUUGUGUGUGUCGGUGUGUUUGGAUUCCUUUAUUGCACCGCCACACUAAUCCUCUAUCUGGGCUACCAGCACGUCUACCGUCAGACCCCCCGCGGCCCCAUCAUAGACCUUGUGGUGACUGCUGCCUUUGCCUUCCUGUGGCUUGUGUCCUCUUCAGCCUGGGGCAAAGGCCUGACUGAUGUCAAAUGGGCCACUAACCCCAACCACCUGGUGGAGCAAUGCCCUGAUGUUUGCCAUCCAGGAGAGUUUCCUUCCAUGGGCCGCCUUAAUGCCUCUGUGAUUUUUGGCUUUUUGAACUUGAUCCUGUGGGCAGGCAACUGCUGGUUUAUUUACAAGGAGACACCUUUCCACAAGGAUCCCAACCCACCGGCCUCCACGGAGGAAGGCACUGCCUCUGGGCCCUAACUGCAUCAUUGAGGGUCCUCAAACAUAGCCACUUACCCACAGAGAAAACCCACAGAGCUUUAUGCCCCACAAUGGCCUCUCAUGUUAACCUGCAAAAAUGGAAACAAAAGGUUGUCAGCUGUCAUAAAUAUUCCCCUUAAGCAUCUAACAUUUGUCUUUAGCCCAACACUAGCCUGUAGCUUAAGGUCAUCAUUUAGGGACGUCUACCACUUUCUUUAAUCGACUGUUCUCCAAGAGCUCUAAAAACACUAAGUGUGAACACAAACUGAAAUACUUUUACUCUAUGUACAACAAGAGCUGUAGAGAAUGUACCCUGGGUUUAAACCUAAAAUUGUUAAAUGUGACGGUCAGAGCAGCAGUGCACUUGCUUCCUUAUUAACAAACUGUUCUCCCUUGAUGUCUGCCCAUCAGGGAGCCACCUAGCAAUGAAAUUGUGCUGUAAGAAACCAGAAUCACUGCUGGUCUCCAGCCAAGGAAACUGGCAAAAGACUAAGUGACAUUAACGAACCUUCACAUCAAGUAAAAGCAAGUAUUGUCAUAAGGAACAUUCAAGAGCAAACGUACAGGUGGGAGAAAAUGCACACACUUUUAAGUAGAAUCCUGCUCUUUUUUCAUGAUAGUCUAAACAGGCCAUGGAUGAGUCAGAGCCUCUUACGAUAUUAAAAGCUCUUUUUCCUCCAACUUACGGAAGAGCCGAUAUCCUAACGAGAAGACUUUCCCUGAACUCCACCUCUGAGGCACCAGACUCCCCAUCACUGUUCUAAUCUGCUGACAGAGACACACAUCACUACAUGGCCAUUACAAUUUCAACACACUUUGAUUUUGUUAUUGCAAAAAGAUGACACACUGUAAAAGAAAAACCACACUACUGCACUUCUCUGUAUUAAGAUGGCCAAGCAGUCUAUUAUAACGAACGUAAAUUUUUGAUAGAGGCUUCAGGUUGUAAAUGCAUAUUGACUGUUUUCAGUCCGUGUCUAGGACAGGGCAGGCUCUUUACAGAUUUACUCCAGUCGCUGUUUUACAUGAACACACAGGUGAGGGGACUGAUAUCAGGCCAAACUAUUUAGUUAUUGUUUUAUCAAAAAACUGCUUUAAGAAUACUCAGUAACACUAAGACUCAUCUUUAUGGGAACUACUUUUUGCAAAAGGUGUCUUACAGUGACAUUAUUUAUACACACUUCACAUGUAUUUUUAUUUCAUGAAUUGGUCCGUUUUGUAUUUAAACACUAAACGUGGGUUUCUGUUGAUCCCAAUGGAAAGGUUUGUGUGCAGCUUCUCUUUUUUUGCAGCAGAAAAUACCUAUUUAGUUGAUUGUAAUGCUGAGUGGCUUUAGCUUUAGACUUGAUGUUAUUAUGAUAAAUUGUUUCAAGUAACAGAAGAGACAAAGUGUAUCCUCCAGACUGAUUACUGUAUUACUCCAUUCUGCUCUACAUGUACAGUGAGUGCCAUACAUUAAUUGUUUAUAUUGAACUCUUGCAGUUGUUCAGAUUCACUCUUGAUGACUUUUUGUCAACACACUGACUAUUAGCGUUGCACACAAAGGAAUUUUUUAUCUCUACAAAGUAACUGCAUUAAUAGAUUGUUGGGUCAUUGCCUCUGUAGGGAAUAUAUGAGGGUCUGUUUGAGUCAUUAGUAAGUAAUAUAUUUUGAACACAUCAUAUUGAAAGUAGACAUACAUUCAGUGUGAUCAGUUUUAAAAGAUACAUCUUGAAGAGUACAUUGGUAUGUAGAAUCCUUCUGUAAUGGUUUGUUGACAUUGGACUUGAUGUAUUUUAUGCCUUGUUUGAGCAAAAAGAAACAAUGAUUUAUCUGUAUUGUUAUUUGUAAAACAUGAGAGCUGCAACUGCUGCAA